AUGGACUCUAUUACACCAAACAUUCACGAAGAGGAUCACGAUACAAGUUAUUACAAUGAUGAAGUAGCUGUAAGUAUAAGUAUAUUUAAAUUAUUAUUAUUAAAAAAUGUAUAUUGAAUACAUUUUUUUUUCUAAUAAUUUAACUUUAUUUUAUAAAAUGAAAUAAUUGAAUCACAUGCUAACCAUACAACACAGUGAUACAACUUUUUUUAAUUUACGUAUUUAUUGUUCUUGUUAUAAAUUUGACUAAUUAAUCAAUAAUAUUAAUAAUUAAUUGCUAAUUAAUUAUUUAUUUUAAUUAAUUUACAAAUUGUUUUUAAUUAUUGGCAGAAGUAGUUGAGCCUACAAUCUUCGAUUGCCAUGAAACCUGACCUUCGUUGUUAACAUAAUGACAAAAGGUAUCUCUAACAAUCUUAGUACUUGUUGUUUUGUUUCUGGAGGUACUUGGCUGAAGAGGUGUUGCCUCAUUGACAACCACAUCUCUACAUACUCCACUUGUGACAUUGCUGGCCAACAAAUCCUCACUACAUAAUUCCUAGUAAUGUAAGCUCGUGGCUGACGUUUUCGUAAAAAGUUAUGUAAAUAACAAUAAGCCAAGACUACUAUUUGAGCCUUUUCUGGAGACAGUGCUAUAGGAUUCUGAAGGACACCAAAUCUGCUGACCAAAAUUCCAAAGGUGUUUUCGAUAACACGACAUGCACGACUUAACCGAUAAUUAAAAAUUCUUCUCUCUAAAUUUAAUCCAGCUUGAGGGUAGGAUUUCAUGAGAUUCUCUGUCAGUGCAAAAGCGUCGUCGCCCAAGAAAGUCAAUGGUAAUUUUUUCUGGCUAUUUGGCAAUUGUGCAAGUUCCGGGAGUCCAAGUGAAUUAUCUGAAAAUGCUCUCCCAAACUCCGUGUAACUAAGUACAUCGCCAUCUGAUAUUCUCUCAUUGAUCCCCACAUCAACCAUGAUGAAUUCACAAUUCGCACUCGCUACUGCCAUCAUCACAAUACUGAAGAAUUUUUUGUAAUUAAAGUACUGUGAUCCUGAAUUGGGGGGUUUUUUAUUGCCACGUGUUUCCCAUUAAUUGCUCCCAAGCCGUUUAGAAAAUUCCACAAAUCAUUGAAUUCUCGCGCAAUUUCUUUCUAUUCUUCUUCUGAACAUGGUAACUGUAACAUAUUAAUAUAAAUAUAAUAAACAAAUAUAUAUAAUUAUAUAUAUCAUAAUAUUAUAAUAAUAAUAAUAUAAUAUAAUAAUAUACAUAAUAAUAAUACAUAUAAUAUAAUAUUAUAAUAUAUAUUAUAUAUAAUUAAAAUUUUUUUAACACAGUUAAGUUGGCACAAAGAAAAGCCAGUGGCAUAAAUAAUUUGAUUUAGAAAAUUUAGUAUAUAUAAAUAAAAUACCAAUAAAUAUAUGUAAAAAUAUUGUAUGAGUAUUAACUUUUAAACAAUUUGUAUUGUUUUAAUUUUUAUUUUCUUUGAUUUAUUUUCUACAGACCCAUGGCAGGCUUAUACCUGCUAAGAAGAAAAAUAAGAAAGAAGAUUCGACUGAGGAGUUGAUGAAAAUGGUUUGUCAACGCCUUAAACAACCGCUAGAUGACUAA